AUGAUAAUAUCCACCAGCCCCCUUCACCACCACACUCUUUCUUGCGCCGGAACUCCGAUCUCCGGCGACACCUCCUUCCGGCGACAAUGUGUAUUCCUUCCAAGACCCAGAAACCUCUGCUUCUCGAACGACUUAGCCGGGCCUCGCUUCUUACAGAUGCCUUCUUCUUCUCGGAACUCGCUGUUUUCUCGUAUGGCUGUCGGCUCGAAUGUGAAUGAAGAUACAGACGAUAUGUUUGAUGACUUGUUCAAGAAGUAUGGGAAGGUAGUCUAUAGAAGAAACGAUCAGAAGCCCGUCAGUGAAGAGGUUGAUGAUGAUGCUGAAAGCUUGACUUUUGCCGUGGCAUUGGCUAAGGUUGCGAAUGAUGUGAAGGCAGCAGAUAUCAGGCUUCUCUUUGUGAAGCCUCUCGUUUAUUGGACUCGUUUUUUUAUCAUUGCCACUGCAUUUUCUAGGCCUCAGAUAGAUGCAAUUGGGACGAGAAUAAGGGAUUUAGCUGAGACAAAAUACGGGAGAACAUCAACUGGGGACUUCAAACCCAACUCCUGGACAUUGCUAGACUUUGGUGAUGUGGUUGUACACAUAUUCCUUCCCCAGCAAAGGGAGUUUUACAACUUGGAAGAGUUCUACGGCAAUGCAACACCUAUUGUGCUGCCUUUUGACGACCACAAACCCUUUCAGAGUCGACAAAAAACCAAUCAGUCAUGA